GAGCAAUCAAUGUGGUCGCUGUUUUUAAUUCAAGGGAUAUUCCUCAUUUGAUUUGAUACAUUUGAUAAAGUUAGAUGGUAAAAUUAUUUUUACUACCAGUAUUUACUCUGCAUAUACUGCUUUUGGUAGCGCCAACGAUUUUCACAGAGAAUAACAGUACACUGUUCAUGAAUAGUGUAGGUUUCUCUGAAUGUGUUAUUGGCAUACAAUACUACGACUUCGAUCAAGAAAAAUGUCGAAGAUGUCAACGUUGUAGAAAAGCUACCAAUUACUUGCAGUUUAAUAUCAGAAUCAGUCCAGAACAUGGAGCGUUAGACUGUUUUCCCUGUUACUGCAAGCCUGGUGUGAAGUUCUAUGACGAAUAUGCUGGUAGAUGUAGUAAGUGUCCAGUCUGCAAUACACAUGGUUAUAUAAAUAAAAGCAAGGAAAUACCUUCAGAUGAAUUUCAUGGAGCAUUUGAUUGUUAUCCGUGUGUAUGUGAUCCUGGAUACUUUGCUAGUGCCUUGACACAUUACCAGUGUACAGAGUGUCAUGAUUGUCAUGGACAGAAUAAACAGUUCAAAACUCAUUGUACACAAGACACAGAUUCAGAAUGUGGUGACUGUCUUGUAGGGUACAAAAAAUCCUGGAUGGAAAAUGCAGCAUGUGUAAAAAUUGAAACAACGACAGUUACCCCAGAGCUCAGUUCAACUCCAGAAACAACAAAUUUAGCUCCAAUCGUUGGUCAUAGACAGGUGAAGAGAUCUCAAACCAUACUAGUUGUUAUACUGGUCAUUGUAACUUUUUCUGCAUUAUGUAUUAUCUUCAUGGUGUACCGUUUCAUAAAUCACCCAUCAUGUUGUAGUAAUGUAUAUCAUGAUAUAACAGCCUCCACCUCUGCUGCCACACUCACUUCUAGGUCAUCUGUGAACAAGAACGAUAAUAAACCAGAACAACUGAAUGUUGGUCAUGCUGGUUCUACAGACGCUGCUGUGAAUACUUUGCAUACAACAUAA